AUGUUUAACCCUAGAGGAAGCAGGCCGCCAAGGCCGAGGGGACCUAACAUGCCUGAUCCAAUCCCGCAUGGGCCUUUUCAUGGGCCGGGACCUGGACCAGGUGGUCUUCAGAGGCAGCUCCCACCUAAUUCUGAUGGAAUGCCCCAAAGGUUCAUGGGAUCAGAAAUGAGGGCAGGAUUUCCAAGGCCGAACAUUCAGGUGCCUCCACUCAGAAUGGACCCAAGACAAACGGCCAAGAGAAUGAAUCAACAGCAGCAGCAGAAGAUGGAAGGAUGCGGUUCUCAUUGGGACAAUCCGUUUCCUCCUGGAAAUAACAGCCAGAGUCAGCCCAUCCCAGGAAGGAUGGCAGACUAUCCCCCACCCGUUCAAAGCCGGUAUACCAAUGAGAGCGCCUCAAGUAUCCUGGCGAGCUUUGGAUUGUCAAACGAGGACCUGGAAGAACUUAGCCGCUAUCCAGAUGACCAGUUGACCCCUGAAAACAUGCCUAUAAUUUUAAGGGACAUCCGUAUGAGAAAAAUGACCCAUCCGCUGCCAGACUUGCCCCCUCAGAGCAGUGAAAAGGAGAACUUCCGCAGCGACGACGGCCACGGCCCCAUGAUCAAGGGCAAAGUAAUCGAUUAUGGGCACGAAAGCAAAUACGGAUACGACGAGGGCCCCCUCGACGUGAAGGUCUACGGUUCUGAUGGGCCCCCUAAAGACAGCCUGAAAGGAUUUCAGAGCCAGCCGACGCCGCCGGCCGGCAUAACCAGCAAACAGAUGAACGCAGUUGAAGAAUUAAUCCGGCAGAUGGGAUUCCAGAGAAGCACGCCCAACACCCCGUCUUUUUUCUCCAUGGACACCUCUAACAAGAUGUCCGGGUUGUGUCUCCCUUCAACAGGAACCGGGGUAGCUCCAGCAGGCCCACCCAUCAUGCCGCCUGUGGCACCGCCCCCCCUACCUCAGCCUGGGAUCCCACCUGUUCGGCAGGCUUUGCCUCCCCCACCCGUAGCUCGGCCCAUGAUGCCGAAUAUGAACCAGCCGCCGCCACCGUUUGUACCUGAAAUGAUGGGCGGCAUGAACAGGCGUGACCGGAUUCACGAGGAGCCCAGACCGCGGCCGAGUGCUCCCCCAGGACCGGCUCCUCCUCCUCCUCCUCCCGCUGACAAAUCUUUCCGGAAAGAGAUGGAAGGGCCUAUGAAGUCUCCCUUUGGGGUGGUGAAGGCCUCCUGGCUCCCCGUUUUUCCCAAGAUGGACGCCCAGAAAAUGAAGAGGCUGCCAACGCCGUCAAUGAUGAAUGAUUAUUACGCUGCAUCUCCGAGAAUAUUUCCACAUAUGUGUUCUCUGUGUAAUGUAGAAUGUAGACAUUUGAAGGAUUGGCUUCUGCAUCAGAAUUCUUCCGCACACCUUGAAAGCUGCCGCCAGCUACGCCAACAAUACCCUGACUGGAAUCCAGAAUCCCAUUCAUCAUCAAAAAGACAAGAAGGCGACAGAAAUGAAAACAGCGGGGUCAGGCGGCGUUCUGCCAGCAUUAGCCCCAGGCGCUCGAGACGCUCCAGUUCUGGGCACGCCAGACGUCGAACGCGGUCCCGAUCCAGGAGUCCCAGGCACAGGCCAGGCAGGCCAAGGAGUCGAAGUCCACGACCCCCCAAUUUCAGACAAAGGUCAAGGUCUCCAUGGCGGCCUUACAACCCCGCUCCGUCGUUUCAAAGGUCUACCAGCAGAGAGGGGGGGCCCAGACGCUAUAUUCGAUCUCCAGGCGCUCCCGGGAUGAAAGGAUUAGCCAGUGGCUUCACCGUUGCCCGGAGGGACACCCGCGGGAUGUCCGUGCAUGCCCCCGUCAAGGAGCUGGAGCGAAUGACGGGAGCUCACGCCCCCACGCAGCAGCAACUCGGGAGUCUGGGGACUAUUCUUCAAAUAUCUGAAUUGCCAGAAGAUGGUUUUACAGAUCAGGACAUUAAGAAAAUAGUUCAGCCUUUCGGAAAAGUGAGUGACAUCCUAGUCAACCGUUGUAAGCAUGAGGCUUAUCUUGAAAUGAACUACAAGGAAGCAGUCAUAGCAGCUGUCAAAUUCAACGAAACGUCUCCCGUCCUUAUUAAUGGCAAGCACGUGAAGAUAAGUGUUGCAGAAAAACCCAAAGUGGCUUCUACUCAGAGCAAAGGAAACGAGAAGAAAGUCGCGCAGAAUGUCAAGGAUCCUGCCCUGAAUAAUAAGAAAGAGCCGGUUGCAUCUACGGUAAAGAUGAAGAGUAAAGACACCCUAGUCUCUGCCGCCUCAAAAACCGAUACGAAGAAACCUGGGAAAGUUGUAAAGAGCGGGGAGCCCAAGGCCGCCGUGAAACCCAAGAAAACGACAGAGGCCAAGAAACCCACCGCAGCAGCCGUAAAACAAAACAACACCACAGAGGCCGCACCCUCGGAAGAGGGGAAAAUCCCCCCCAAGGCGAAAAAGGUGGCGGAGCCGGCCAAACCGGUCGACCCCAAGGCCAAAGAGCCUCUGAAGACCAAGAAGCUCGCAGACCCCAAGGACAAAGAAGGGGGCCCGAAGAGCAAGGACAAAGAAGGGGGCCCGAAGGGCAAGGACAAAGAAGGGGGGCCAAAGAGCAAGGACAAAGAGGGGGGGCCAAAGAGCAAGGACAAAGAGGGGGGGCCAAAGAGCAAGGACAAAGAGGGGGGGCUGAAGGGCAAGAAAACGGGAGAAUCCAAAGCGAAAGAACCCGUCAAGGCCAAGAAGGGCACGGAUCCCAAGGCCAAGGAAUCCCUGAAGGCCAAGAAGGUGCUAGAAAACAAGAAGGCCAGCGAGCCCCCCAAGGCCAAGAAGGCUGCAGAGCCCAAGAAAGGGGGGGACUCAAAGGACGCCAAAGAACCAGUGAAGGUGAAGAAAGUAGCAGAGUCCAAGGAGUCUCCGAAGGAGCCGAACGCUGGCGAGAGCAGCCAAGCCGCCGGAGAAUCUCAGGCCAAGGAGCCCAGCAAGCCAGCGGAAGCCCCAGAUAAGUCAGAAGCGGUGGAGAGUCCUGAAGUGGUGGAAUCUGCCGUCAAGGAUGCAGAAGAGAUGUGUGUCGUGAUGAUCUCCAGUUUCCCCGAGGCCGGGCUGAGUCUGGAGGAGAUCCGAAACUUAACCAAGCCCUUUGGGAAAGUGAAAGAUAUUUUAAUUGUGUCUUCGCAUAAGAAGGCAUACAUAGAAAUGAGUCGCAAAUCUGCAGAUUCCAUGGUGAAGUUUUAUACCUGCUUCCCAAUGUGGGUGGAAAGGAACCAGCUUUGCAUUUCUCUGGUCCCUGAGCUGAAGGAUCUAAAUGAGGAACUGAUAUUUACUGCGAUGAUUAAAGAUGCCAAUCCAGACGUGAACACGGAGUCGCUCUACACCCAGUUUGUGCAUCUGGGGAACCUGCCAGACGACGGCUACUCCGAGCUUGAAAUCCUUUGCGUCGGCCUCCGCUUCGGACGAGUGGAUCACUACAUGGUGAUCACUAAUAAGAACAAGGCGGUUCUCCAGCUGAACAGCGCUGAGUCAGCAGCCUCCAUGUGCCGCUUCUUAAGGAGGUAUCCCUACAGUUUGGGAGAAGUCCAGCUGACGAUCUCACGCUCGCCCAGAAUAGAACCUGCAGCUGCCGAUGCUGUAAGAAAAGAAGUGAAAAAGCAAGAAGCAAGCCAAGAGAGCCCUGACUUGAAAACAAUUCCCGAAGGAUCAGGAGUGGUGCACCCAUCGGCCGUUCCUCCCACGGAGGCCACGGAAGACCGCGGCUCUGACUCAGAGGCUAUUCCAGAUACAGAGACGGAGCACCUGGAUAGCCAGAAGGCGGUAGGGGCAGGAGCUCCCCAGCCCCUGAAGACCGAAGACUCGGCAGAAGACUCGAAAGCGUUAAAGGAAGAGUUUGGGCUCGGGAUUCCGAGCGCCGGCGAGGAUUUGGAGUCGUCGGAAAGGCAAGCUGAAGACACCCGUGCUUUGACCUCCGCUGUGAAAAAGGAAGAAAAAGGGACUGAUCACUCUGACCAGGAAUUGCCGAGAAAGGCCUCUCCCUCGGAUGGAGAGAAGGCAAAGGAGGAAACAGCUCCUCUUCCUGGGAAAGCGGAAGAAGCGCCCGCUGCCUCGAAAGAAGGAGCCCCCAGAGCCCUCUCUGCCUCAGCCGCGGAAGAAGGCACAAGUACAAACCUGGGGCCGGGCCCUACAGAAGCCGCCCUGGAGGAAACGCCAAGCGCAGAGACGCUGUCCAAGGACAGGCCCACGUCUCCAGAAGCAGAUCGUACUGAAGCCGCCGUGGGGCCGGCAGAAACGCCAGCCCCCAAGGUUCAAGGGAAGACGGAGGAAGAGUCGGGGGGCCUCCCUGCCGCCUCUCGGGCGAAGGUGGAGGUAGCAGCCAAGCCGGCGGGGGCGGAAACGAAGGAAAACCUAAAGGAAAAGUUUCAGCUGCAGUUGGCCAGGGUUGAAGUAAGCCUGGAGAAGCUCCCCGAAAACCUGCUGUUGAGCGCCGAAGAAGUCAGACAACCAGAAGAGACCCCAGGAGAGAGCGCCAAGGUGCAGCAUCCUGAGCACGUUGUGCCAAAGACACCGCAGGGUAAAGGGCCGGGACAAACCGAAGCCCAGGAAUCUGGCAAAGCGAGCACGCCGGAGGCAGAGACGGCAGCCAACCCGGAGGCCGGCAAAACGGCCCCGAAGGCUUCGAACCCACCCAAGGCGUCGAGACUUCCGGCUCGAAGGAAAGAGGAGAAGCCGGCCGGCAAGCCGGUCCCCAAGAGCCAAGGGCCGGCUGAGAAGACGCCGUCGCCGAAACAGCCGAUUCAGCAAAGGCCCGCGAACGUUCGGUCCGGCGUCGGCCCAGAUAGCGCCAAAUCUAAGCUAAGCACGAGUUCGGUGGUGGUGGUUGCGUUAGGCCCUGGGAAGAGCUCCUCGCAGCAAGAGAAGGACCCCCCGGCGGAGACCAAGGGGAGUCCGAAGCAGAGCCGGGAGCCAGAAAGUAGAUCCUCCACCCUCAAGCGGGAUGCCGGCGGCAAUAAGGUGUCUGCUGGGAGAAAUACCAGAGCCUCGAAAAGCACUCCCAAACCCAAAGAGGAGGAGGAGCUUUUCCCAUUUAAUUUGGACGAGUUUGUUACCAUGGACGAAGUUGUCGAUGAAGUGGAGUCUCCCCAGCCUCGGAGGAACCCCGUAAGGGGCAAAAGGAAGGACCCGCCGAAGAAGAGCCUUCCCGGUGAGCCAAGCUCCAAGAGAAAGAAAGCCAAGGCGGUGGCGGCGGCCGAGGCCGAGACCGAGGUCUCCUUCGUGACCUUGGAUGAAAUCGGAGAAGACGAAGGCGGGAUGGGCCAGGUGGAGCUGCUGAACCUGGAAGCCAUGACCGACGACCAGGGUCUGGUCACGGUGGACGAAGUCAACGAAGAGGAGGAGCUGAUCGACGAGGAUAUGAAAGACCCCCAGUCGCUGGUGACCCUGGACGAGAUCUCCGAGCAAGAGGACGUUGCUCCGCAGGAGAUGCCCAAGGAACCUUUCGCCUCCGGGGAGAGCGAGCCGGACUUGAAAACGGAGCCUUUGUUGACGGUGGACGAGGUCGGAGAAGUGGAAGAGCUUCCCCUGAACGAGCCUUCCCACUUCAAGGACGAGGAGAUGCUCAAAUGCCAGGAAGAGGGGAAGGCCGAGGCAGAGCCCGCUGGGGAUUUUCUCUCCUCCCAGAUCCCAGAGGACCCCAGCGCUUUAGUCACGGUGGACGAGAUUCACGAGGACAGCGACGACCAGCCCUUGGUGACCCUAGACGAGGUGACCGAAGAAGACGAGGACUUCCUGGAAGACUUCAACCGCCUGAAGGAAGAGUUCAGCUUUGUCACCGUGGACGAGGUGGGCAGCGAAGAGGAGGAAGAGGAAGAGAAACCUGGCCCCUCCACCGGCAGGAAAUUGAAAGAAGCCACCAAAACCGCACCGGAGGAAGGAGCUGACCGGGACGUCCCGUUUUCUGCCAAAUUAGAAAACUUUAAAAUUCCGGCCGCCCCCUUGCCGAAGCCAAAGCAGAGCGUUUGCGAUGAGCUGCCGGAAGAGGAGACGUCGGUAGAGCCGCCGGAGGAUCCUCCAAGUGAGAGCCCCAAAGCAGAAGAGGAGGUAGACCUCGGUAGGGAAAAGGCUGAGCUGGAGUCUAAAGAAGAAGAGGAAGGACGAGGCGUGGAGCAGACAGACCCAGUAGCGGAAUCCGAUUCAGGUCCGCCGACAGAGCCGGUUGCGAACCAGAAGGAGCAGUCUUCUAGCAGCAAGAGGAGCGGUUCGCAGGAGGAGCAGCAGUCGCUCGAUCGGAUGGAAUCCGAGGGUGAACCGCCGGAACCUAAACAAAGGAAAGUAGAGUCCGCAGAGAAGCCGAAGGUGGCGAGCCAGCUGAAAGAUUUAGAUUUCCUGGUCCCCAAAGCGGGCUACUUCUGCCAGAUCUGCUCCUGCUUCUGCGUGUUCGAAGAAUCCAUGAAGAGCCACUGCCUGUCUCAGCUUCACCAGCAGAAUAUGGAGAAAUUCAUGAUCAAGAGCACAGCAGCCGGGGAGAAAGAAGGCACGGAAGAAGAGAGCUUAACGUGAUACCAAGACGGGAAGUGCCUCUGCGAAAUUCUAUUUAGGGUCCAGUUGCUUCUUCGUGUUUUAUGUUCCUGGUUUUAUUUUGCUUUUGGUUUUUGUUAUUUUUUUUUUUUUACUUGGUUCCUUUGAGGAGACGUUCACGUCGUCUUUUCCCUUCUGUUCCUUCCAGAAGCAGGCUAUUAAAAUUGUGUAGUGAUUUUGAUUGCUUCCCACCAAUAACGGUGGAAGUUCUCAAAUAAAUUCUUACUGUA